GCCCAUUAAUACAUGAAUGAAGAGUGGAUUAGCUAACAAUCUUUUGUUGUUCGUUUCCAAGGGCUUACAUGAACUGUUUGCUGAACCCAUCUUUCCGUUAGAUGCUUUUUGUUUCAAUAAGAACUGGCCGAGUCAAUUUGUCUUCUUGUGUGGUUUCCUUUGUUUUCUUUUCUUUCCAGGAAGUAACAGAUGUUUAAGAAUACAUUCCAGUCUGGCUUUCUCUCAAUUCUCUAUAGCCUCGGGAGUAAGCCUCUGCAGAUAUGGGAUAAGGAAGUUGUCAACGGCCAGAUCAAGCGUUUGCAAGAUGAUGACAUACAAUCCAAUGUUAUUGAAAUAGUUGGGUCAAAUGUCCAGUCUGCAUAUAUUACCUGUCCAGCUGACCCAACUGCAACGCUCGGCAUAAAGCUACCAUUCUUGGUUUUGAUUGUGAAAAAUCUGAGGAAGUACUUCUCAUUUGAAAUUCAUGUGCUGGAUGACAAAAAUGUCCGCCGAAGGUUUCGCGCUUCUAAUUUUCAAGGUGUGACAAGAGUUAAACCUUAUAUUUGCACAAUGCCAUUGAAAUUGGAUGAAGGCUGGAACCAAAUUCAACUGAAUCUUAGUGAUCUGACUCGACGUGCUUAUGGAACCAAUUAUGUGGAGACGUUGAGAGUGCAGGUUCAUGCAAAUUGCCGGCUCAGAAGGAUAUAUUUUUCGGAUCGCCUUUACUCUGAGGAGGAGCUCCCGCCAGAAUUUAAGUUGUACUUACCCAUGCAGAAAGCCUGAGAAAGCUACGGAGAUCUGGGGAUGAUUCAGUAUUUAUGGCAAUAGAAACUAUUUCAUGUUAUGAUGUGAGAAAUGCUCGUUUCAAUUGAAUGUCAACUUAUUUAUAGUUAUCUAAAGAAGAUUUUCUUAGGCUGGAUCUAGUGAAAGUGACUGUAAGCUCCAAAAAAANAAAAAAAAAAA